AUGACUUCAAGUGGUAUCCCAUUCGAUACCGGUGCUUUAAUGGCAGCAGUGCUGGAAGGUAUUUUAUACGGUUUUUCAGUGCUCAUGUUUAUGGGCACCAUGUGGUCUUUGACCUACAAACAGCAUGUGCGAGACAUCAAUCGCCCAAUCGCCAUAGUAGCUAUCCUGCUGUUGUUACUGAGUACUGCGCACAUUGUCGUGACCAUCAUUCGUGUGGAAGAUGGACUGGUGAAGUAUCGUGACACGUACCCAGGAGGACCAGCAGCAUUCUUCGCAGACGUGGCACAAGAAACGUAUGUGAUCAAGCAUGCGUUAUACGUCCUGCAAACUCUACUUGCUGAUGGGAUGGUGGUUUAUCGCUGCUAUGUUGUUUGGCAAUCCAUCCGGGUUAUCAUCCUACCAGGCCUGCUGUGGUGUAGCGUCGCAAUCACUGGCACCAUUGCAGUCUACAGUGUUUCGCAAUCCGAGUCCACUACUAGCGUUUUCUCCACAAAUCUUGCGACGUAUAUCAUGGCAUAUUUUGUCUCAACUAUGGCAGCUAAUGUGUCGGGUUCAGGAUUAAUGGCAUACCGAAUAUGGGCGAUUGAACGCAAUGUCACUACCACUCGCGCCGGUACGAAGGGAACUUUGAUGCCAAUAGUACGCGUGCUCGUGGAUGCCGCCAUUUUGUACUCUGUGGCACUCCUCACCGCACUAAUCUGUUUCCUCUGCUCGAACAAUGGAGAGUUUGUUAUGGUGGACCUGAUGAUGCCGAUCAUAUCGAUUGCAUUCUACAUGGUGCUUAUUCGUAUCGCCAUGAAUAAACAUCGCGGUUACCUCUCAACCUCAACUGGAAGGACAACUGUCAGAACGGAACAAAGCAAUUCGCAGGAAUAUCCUAUGACGCCUGUGGAGACCCAUAUAUCCAAAUUCACACACAGUGGCAGUACUUCAGUGGACGGGACGGGGAGUGAGCACAAAUCAGGAAAGUCGCCUACUUGGAUAUUGGCGGAGUAG